GUUCAGCCUUCGCGGUAUACGGAGGUCCUGGCCUGCAAAGACCGAGUAGGCUGAGGAGGAGGAGGAAGGAGGAGGAGGAGGAGGAAGAAGAAGAAGAAGAAGAAGAAGAAGAAGAAGAAGAAGAAGAAGAAGAAGAAGAAGAAGAAGAAGAAGAAGAAGAAGAAAUCGUAUCUUUUAGCUGUUAUGAAAAGCUGAUGCGAUGGACAAAGUGGUGACAGACAGCAGGGAUGAAUCACACACAGACUUUAUCUACUGUUGUAGAGCCAUCACAGAGGUUCUGAAAUUUGGCUCCUGUCAGUUACACUCUGGACACAAGGUGCUUUUUCUCCUCAUUCCAGGUAACCCAGGUGUAGUGGGCUUCUACAAAACUUUCAUGCAAACACUUCACAGGAUGUUUGGAUACCGACACCCAGUGUGGGCAGUGAGCCACGCGGGACACUGUGCACCACCAGACUCCAUGGACAUGGUAGAAGAUGCGUCCUCAGCAGCUGAGGGGGACGUCUUUGGUCUGAACGGGCAGAUUGAACACAAACUGGCCUUCCUGAGGAGACAUGUCCCCAGAGACACCAGCCUGGUCCUGGUGGGACAUUCCAUUGGCUGCUACAUUAUUCUGGACAUGAUGAAGAGAAAUCCUGAACUUAAGAUUAUUAAGUCCAUCAUGCUGUUUCCCACCAUCGAGCGCAUGGCUCAGACUCCUCAGGGGAAGGUCAUGACACCUGUGUUGUGUCGCCUGCGUUACCUGGUCUACCUGCCGCUCUUCCUGCUCUCUCUGCUGCCUGACGGACUCAAAGCAGGCCUGGUCAGACUGGUGUUCGGGGGCAUCAGCUCUCUGGACCACACUGUAGUACAACCUACUGUAGGUCUACUCAGUGGCGACUGUGCUGCCAAUGCUGUGUACAUGGGGGGUCAGGAAAUGAGGAAAGUGCUGGAAAGAGACAACAUAACCAUCAAGAAAAACCUUGAGAAGCUGAUAUUUUAUUACGGAGCUACAGAUCACUGGUGUCCUGUUGGAUAUUAUCAUGACAUGAAGCAGGACUUCCCACAGGGAGACUUCAGACUGUGUGAAAACGGGUUCCGCCACGCCUUCGUCCUGGACGCAGGAAGAGAAGUUGCCACACUAGUGUUUGAAUGGAUGAGUGGAGGGUCUGGGAACAUGAGUUCUCCUUCCAUCUACUCGUCUGCUGUGGGACAUGAACUCUCUGCAUCCAGAACACACGCUGGUUUCACAUCAGACCUCAUGGACUUGAAUUGAGAAUACAAGCUCUGCAGAAAUAUUAAAUAUUGAUUUUAAAUACAUUUUAUUGAUGUA